AUGGCUCCAAGAUCUCGCGUGCAACUGCAACAAAAGACGUGCAAGUGGGGAGAUGUGGCUGUCCAGGCGGAGGCUGCAAUCAGAGCUGAGGCGAGGGCAGAAGAAGCGGAGGUGAGAGCAGAAGAAGCAGAGGCGAGAGCGGGGAGAGGGAUUAGGGAGAAUGACUCCGUGGAGUUCUUGAAGCGAGUCCGCGUAGCACGUCCAAAGGAUGUAAUUGCAGCUGAAAGAAAAAAGGCGUCAGCAGAGAAAUCAGCCAAGGCAAUCGCCUUAGAAGAUGCUCAAAAGAAUGUCGCUGCAACGGAAGAUGCUAUGGCUGUUGAGCAGACAGGCUCAACGCAGCGCCAACUGCAAACCCCUGACAAGACGCCUGUUGGGGCAAAACCAGUGUCCAAAAGCACUGACGCCCCGAAGAAGAAAUAUCCAGGCUUGAAACUCACCUUCAAGGAUGGUGUCAACGCCAAUCGAAAGGUGUCCAACAAUGGUACAUCAUCUACAACGGGAUCUGAACACGCCAUAUCGACAGAGGAGGUGGAAGUGGGGAAGUGGGCUAAAAGCGUGGCAUCGAAGUCCCAACGGAAGCCAUCUGCGCCACCAAGUGCACGUGCCAGUGUGAUUGCAAGCAGGGAUGUGGACAUAUCCGAAGACGAAAACCUACCUGAAGAUCAUGAUGAGAGCGUAACUGUGAGUCGGGGUAGUCAGGGUGUCGUGCGGGACGGAAGCGUACCUUGUCCACUGACCUCAUUGGAUGACCUCGAACCUGAAGAGCCGCGUGAAAUGGAAGAAGACGAUGCCGACGAAUAUAUUCCGGACAAGGAUGAGGGUGCGGCUGAGGAUGAGGAUGAGGAUGUUGAGAUGACGGAUCAGCAGGGUGACAUUAUUGAGGUCUCAAGCAGUCGACUCACAAGCUCUAUGUCAGUUAGCGUCAUGGAUACCACGAUGGACGGUCCAACAUCCAAGUUCGUCAAAACCGAAAAUGGACGUGCACCACAUACAAUACUCAAUCUGAAGAAAGAAAAGCCAAAGAAUUCUCACUUGCCCAGCGCUGUUCAGAAUCUCAGCUUUCGUUCCAUAUUUAUUCCAACAGUCAUGCACUGGGUCGGCAACAACAGCUAUCCAUGGACCAUCCCCAAUGAGAAACUCUCAGACGUUCUCGAGGAUAUAUUCAUGGCAGUGUGUAAGCAGCCUGGAGACUUUAGGAAUGAUGAUGGCUGUAAUCUUGCCUUCAACGUCGUAAGUAAAUUGUAUGCCAAAGGAUCUCUGAAUGGAGAGGCAACUUCGGCUCCACCGCUAUCACGAUUCUCAUGGCGUUUUUCGCCUCCAGUGGACGAAUUCAAGACCAAGGAGGCAUGCAAAGACUAUGCCGAAUAUCAACUUGAAGAUUCAUGCUUUGUAUAUGAAGAUACAGAUAACGAAGACUCACCUGGAGCUUUCUUAUCGGAAUUCAUCUUGCGCAUCUUCGCUGUUCAACUCAAUGCCACCCAAGGACACCAGAUAAUUGACUCGCUCGACUUCGGCUUACCUGGAUAUCAAACGGCCCUUGCACUGACCACUGCAGCCGCCAAGCGUGCACUUAUUUUAGCUCGCGACGACCUGAUUGUGGAAGAUACUUCGGACCACGGGAAACACAAGAUCGCGUUGACUCUCAAUCAGUCCACAAACAAAAUGAGUAACACAGGCACUGCUUUUUCUGCAGAAAUUGUGGAACGAUCUCAGGCGUACAUGAAGCGUGCUCGCCGCAAGGACGAGUCUACUAUUCUCGAUGGUGAAACCCCCGUCAAUCCACGUACACGUAUCCGUAUCUGA